GAUUCCUCCGGUUGUUUCGUCCUCCACGAUCCCGUACGCGAUUUGUCCGGUCGACUCGACACUCGGAUCAGUGCACGCUCGACUCGCAACGGGAUAUCAACUCAUCCCAGGGAUAGAGGCUGGUCAUACUCGGUUUGGGCUAGUGCCUCAAUCAGUUGGUGCUAAUUCGCUUGGACGUUCGUGUCAGUUAGGUCUACUAAUGGAUGAACUUUGAAGGACACGAAGUGAUUCUUCAGGAUUUGAGGACAAUUAAGUGGAGGAUUUUUAUUUUGGGGAAGAAUAAGAUGUUUCCGUCUGUGGAUGAGAAUGGUAACUGCUACAUUCAACUGAACAAAAUUUAGAGUCCCAUGAUCUGUAAGUCUUAGAAACCAUGUGUGAUGAAAAUCUGAACGAUACAGUUCCCAUCAGACCCCAGAAAGUGAUUCAAGGAAGGAGGUUUCUGAGUUGGAUCAGUGCACAACUUGAUCAAACCUGUGCAAUAGCAGUUACGAACAAUACGUCUGUGGUUCAGUGGCACAAAAAGAAACAUUGCUUUUGUUUCAGUGAAUAUAGAUUUUUUUAAAUUGGACUUUGGGAGAUUGUUGAAUAGAUUGGGGAGAUUGAGAUGAAAUAGGGGUGUCGUGAAAAUCGAAGGUGAUCGCAAAAGUGCGGAAGAGAUCAGGAACGUGUUGUUCAGCCACGAGUCAGGAUUCUCACCUCCGGAAGGUGGUACCAUCUCGCCCGGGGGCGCGGGGCCAACCCGCGAGCCCUUCUUCGGGACACUAUCAUCCACCUACGCACCAGUCCACCCCUGGUCAAGAUUGGAACAGUUCAUACUCACCAACCGAACAACAACCACCAUCACACGCAUCAUCAGCAGCAACAGCAACAGCAACAGCAACAACAGCAACAGUCGAGUCAACCGCAGGUGUCUGGAGCAGGAGGGGGUGGAGGGCCGGGGGGUGGCACGGUGGCUAGGCCAAGUAGCAUGUUCUGCUACCACUGCCCCCCGGGUCUUCCUACACCACGGUUGCCGCCCUCCCUUGAGUAUCCGUUCGCCGCCACACAUCCCUACACCAGUUACUCUGCGUAUCAUCCGGCUUUGCAUGGUGUCGGCGAAGAUUCCUUCGUGAGACGAAAACAAAGACGAAACAGAACUACUUUCACCCCUCAACAACUGGAGGAACUAGAAUCUGCGUUUGCGCAAACGCACUACCCGGAUGUAUUCAUCAGGGAGGAACUAGCGAUGAAGAUUAAUCUUACGGAGGCCAGAGUUCAGGUGUGGUUCCAAAAUCGCAGAGCAAAAUGGAGAAAGAGCGAACGAUUGCAGGAGGAGCAACGAAAAAGAGAGGGUGGAGGAAGUGGUGCACUAGAAACGGCUGGUUUACCACCUCCAACCUCUUCAUCGGCAGGUCCAAGUCCCACAGGACAUGAUCCUGAAGGAACAACAAACAGCAGCGCCCCCGACGCGGAGGACGCCGGGCUAGAUGGAGCUGGCGGAUCCAGGAGCCCAAGUACAACUUCCGCCUCGGUUAGUCCGCGGCCCCAGCAGAGUCAGCCGUCCCUGGGUGGUGUCUCGACGCCACCGCCAACCCCCAUAAGGGCGCUACCGCCACCACCUAGCACCGUAGGGGGUCUUGGCCCGCCCGCUGAGAGUACCCCAUCUCUGACAGCAGGAUUCAGGCCAGUGGAGCCCCCCACGUCACUUCUCUUUUCACCGCAUUUGGCGGCUCAGUUUUCUCCACCUUUGUUCGCCAACAAGGUAGUCAGUACCGCAGCCACGUCCCUAUCAUCGACUACCGCUUCGUUAUGGUCAUCCAGUGACCAUCGGUCUGGAGCGUUGCACGAUAUGCUGACCUGGUCUCCAGGAUGGCCAGGACCAUUGUGUGGUUGCUGUAAACCAGGAACCGGGGAUCUUCACAGAAACAGCAGUCUAGCAGAGCUCAGGAGAAAAGCUCAGGAACAUUCCACUGCUCUUCUCGGAGGACUGGCUGCUUUCCCUGCAGCAUUACCUCUACCUCUGCCUUUGUCAUUGCUGCCACCUUUGUACCAACUGUCCAGGAGGCCGGAGCAUCAUCAUCAUCAUUUACCGAGCAUGGUGCAUCAGAUACAACCGACGACUAAAGAGGAUCCCUAGGAUCAUCGCGUGUGCUGCGUUCGCCUGAUUGAUCCUUUGACCUUGGUAACGGCCACGUAUACGUUUCAACACGCUGGUUUGUUAUUUUUAUUGUCUUCCUUUUCUUUGUUGAUUUGUUUGAAUUUUUAUUUGAGAAUUACAAUAUUGAAAGAUGGGUGGAGGUAUUGAGUAAUUAGAUAGGGAUCAAGGUGGGUCUGGCCCUAUCUUAAAAUGUCGACUAAUAAGUACUCCAUAAAAAUUUAUUCGGAUCAAUAAAUACUAUAUGCCUUGGCCCACCCCAGAUAGAAACUCUAUUUAGUUACGUCAAUGACUGGAAAAUUUUCAAAUUCAUAAUGGAAUUAGACUCGUGGAAAACUUGCCUGUUGAUAUUCAUGAAACUGUUACCAAAAAAUUAAGUUUGAAAGAUUUCUAUACUUUAGUACCUAAUAAAAAAAAAAAUUGCAAAUAACAUUACUUGCAGUGAUAAACAAUUUUAAGUUAAUGAAAUGAAGUUUUAAAAAGUCUUUUCGUUUAAUUUGAUUAAGGGAUGAAAUUCAAGUGCUGGAUUGAAACUUAUUGUUAUCUUUAUAAAAGUAUACGUUUUUCAUUUAUAAGUAUGUUACUAAUAUCAUUAAUUUUAUUUAUCAAAUUUGUUAUGAUAGUUUAAAACGAAAUCUUGGGAUGGUUUUAAUUGUACCAAGAACAUCAACUGCAAUUUUCUAACAUUUCUAAAAAUUCAAUAAACAAUACAUAAUUUUAUUUUGAUGCAAUUGACAUUCAUCCGAAGAUUUGUAUAAAAUUCGAAGAAAAGAAUACAUUCACAUGUAACGAGUGAACGGAACAGGUUCAAUACUCGUAGCAAUUUUGUAUUGCGAUGGAAUAAUUUCUAUUAUCACCCUUAAAUCGAGUCUAUGACAAUUUUCUUGAAUUAUAUGAUUACUCUAUCGCAUUAUUCAAAUAAUACGGACAUCCGUAUUAUCCGAGUAACACGGAUGUUCGCUUCGAUCGCGCGAUACAAGCACGCGCCUUCUGACACAAUAAUUUUUUCUUAAUUUUCUAUCAUUAAGAAACAAAAGAAGGAUAUUCGUGGAUAUAUCUUGUUACCCUGAAAACAGGCGUCUGGAACUCUGGAGAGUUGUUACAGCGAAUUAAUGUUUCAGUGAACGCAAACUGUAAAAGUUUCAGCAGUUUUCUUAAUCCUCUUAGCAUCCGAGAAGAAAGAUAAAACUUGAAUCUUUCCUCUAAUUACGAAAUCUUUUGCAUUGCAAAAACAAGUGGAGGGUAUUGAAUUAAGUAACAAAGUAAAUAAUGAGAUGAAUAAAUGUGAUAUUCUUUUCUGUUGUCGAUAGUCGUUGAACGCUGUUAUUUGAAACAAGAUAAAUAAUAAUAUAAAAAAAAAAAAAAAAUUCAAAAAAAUCGACGAUUUAAUUAUCUCCAGUGUUUCGCGUCUGCCUAUCAAGGGUUCCAUGAAUCCCUUAGGAUUAUAUGAUACCAUUUAGACAGACACGUUUACCACGAGUCUAUGGCUAUUCGUCUAUAUUUUGAAAAAUAUUAGAUUGUUGCCAAGAAAAUCGCUAAACGUCCGAAAAUAUUAACAAAUACAAAUAUGAAAAGAAAAAAUAUUCAUAACCAUCAUUAGGUACCAACGUGAUAAAAAUAUUAUUAAAAAGCUUAUAGUCAUUCUCUUUAAACAUAUAAAUAGUAACUGUUUUAUAAUUGGCCAAUUAAUAUGCAACAAUCUAAUAAUUAUCAGCGGAUGUAACGAUCUAUUCUCCAAGAGGUCAAGGAAAAAGUUGCUAUACGAACAGGAGCAAUCGUAGAAAUCGUGUUGAAUGUACAACACACGAGAAGAAGAAUGAUAUAAAACGGUGAUCCUCUAGUGUUAGUAGACUAAUCAGUUGGACGUAUCUACGAUUGCGCUCGUAAGAGUAAGAAGAAUUGUUUCAUUUACAUUACAAUCUCAUUACCACUGUCCUUUUUAAUUAUUAAAAGCGUGGUAUAACGAGGAAAGGAAACGUAGAUACCAUAGUAGAGACCUGUAUAUUACAUCCCGGUGAAUUGUCAGUGCUAAUCAAGGAUAAUCUAAUAACAGUAUGUUACAGACUAGUGAUCAUUAUGUAGCCUGAACUGUGAGUAGUGAAUUAUUCGAAUAAACUUGUUCU